CAUAUUGAUAUUCAGUUCUUCUUAUCACUAGGUAGUUUUGUUUUUGAUAAAACAAGCCAAAGGUUUUCGCGCAAACUCAAGGGGCGGUCUCUAACUUCCUUUACAAGCGCGAAUUUGACGAAUACAGUGGUGCGUCAUCGUUCGUUCGGUGCAGGUCUGUCCUGGUACGUGCUAAAAAUACACAUCGCGUAUUAGUUGGGUGACUUUUUUUAUUAUUUCGUUAAAGAAAAUAAACUUUUCGGUGUGUUAAAGACAAUUAUUUCCAAACAAACAAUGAUUUCGUUAUCGAUUUUUAAAUGGAUCGUCAUUUUCACUACGAUUUUUGCAGGUGGUUUGGGAUUGAGAGAUGUCAACGUUAUCAUCCCUUUAUCGAUCGAAAGAGGAGACAAGGCAAUAAUGAAAUGUCUAUACGAUUUAGAAGGCGAAGCUUUGUAUGCCGUGAAAUGGUACAAAGGAGGAAAAGAAUUUUUUCGAUACGCCCCCAAAGAAACACCGUCGAUGAAGCAUUUUCCUAUAGCCGGGUUGAGGGUAAUCGAAUACGAAUCGAAUGCUACUCAAGUUGUUCUCGACAACGUUCAAUUGGAGAAUAGCGGGGAUUAUCUCUGUGAAGUUACCGCCGAUGGUCCCGGGUUUUAUACUAGAGAAGUUAACGGAGAACUACAAGUUGUUAUUUCACCGAGAGAAGACCCGAAAAUAACGAAAAUAAACACUAAAUACCGUCUGGGGGAAGCAUUAGUUGGACAAUGUACAUCAAAAGAUUCUAAACCAGCCGCGAAUUUAACAUGGUAUAUCAAUGGAAAGCCGGCCAAACAAAUCCACACAAGACAUCAAAAACCAAAAACGAAUGAAUUUGGAUUAGAAACUGCUGUUUCCAACAUCCGACAAAUUAUAGCCCCCGAGCUUUUCGCCGAAGGAAGAUUAAAAAUUAAAUGUUCCGCGAUAAUUUACGACGUUUAUCAUAGAAGUUUCGAGAUGAGUAUUGAGUUGGAUAAGCCGAAACCGAGAUAUGCCAUAACGAUGUCAACUCCGGCUACGAUGGGAUUCUCCGGAAGUAAUAUUCACGAAACUUAUCCUUAUAAUACAUUUAGAUUAAGCCCGAUUGAUGACGCAACAAUUCCAAGUAGAACGCCGAAACAUCCCUCAAAUUUAAUUUUAAUACUUUUCUUGUUAAUAUUGGUUUUACUUCGACGGUGAAAAGUGUUUUGGGUAGUGAUUAAUAAAUAAAAGUUGUGUAAUUAAUAAAGAAUUCUAUGUGAUAUAUAAAAAAAAAAGAAAAUAACGAAAUCCGCUGUUGUAUAUUCGAGAUGUAUAUGUGUGUAUAUAAUCCCCUGCUUUUUCCAACUGUAAAUUUUCUGUAUGAUAAACGAGAGGUUUUCCUAUUUUGGUGACAAGGCUGUGUUAAACACUAUUACGGAAUUAACCUUUAAGAAGAUUUAAGAAGAUUGUAACUUAGAGAGAAGCGUUAAAUUAAUUUUUUACGGAUUUGCUAGAUUUAAUAAUUCUCUUUGUAUAUUAAAUAAUUAAUCUUAUAACGAAGGUAUUUUAUGUUCAAAUUUCUUUUUAAUAAAAUAAGAAAUGUAGGUAAUUGAGUACUACUAAAUAAAAAUGAUAUUAAUUUGAGCUACUUGUACAGGUGAAAAUUUCAAUCCGAUGUGUUUUGCUAAUAAUGUUAAUGUAUAUUGUAAAGAAUCUAUAUAUACAUGGGAAUAAAAAUAUUUUAUAAUUGUGAA